AGUGUGGUAACCCAGUAUAUUUAAAUGGUAGUCAUGGUUAUAUACAAUCACCAGGAUAUAUGAACGACAGUUGUAACCAGUACAGAGAUUCUGAGAAUUGUACCUGGGAAAUAUCUGUUGGAGACGGUAUGGAGAUUGAACUUAUGUUCAAUGAAAUUGAAAUAGAAAAAUGCGAUGAAUGUAAUUGUGACGUUUUGAAGCUAGAUGAUGGCCACCAACGUAUUCAGUUGUGUGGACUCAAAGAAUCCUUCUUGUAUAGAUCAACGGGAUCGUGGCUUUAUGUUGAAUUUUCUACCGAUUCUUCCGUUACAUCGAGAGGAUUUC